UUGUUUUUUUCGGGAGUGCUGUCUUUCCACGGCUAGCUAUCCCUUUGCUGUAAUCAAGGAGGAAAAACAUCUUUCAAAUUGUGGAAUAACGUCACUCACCCUAGCGACGUAUUUUCUUAUUGAAAUUACCUAAAAACAAAUUUGAAGAACAUCUACAAUGACUGACUCAAAAUAUUUUACAACAAAUAAAAAAGGGGAGAUCUUUGAGCUGAAGGCAGAGCUGAACAAUGAGAAGAAAGAGAAGAGGAAGGAGGCAGUGAAGAAGGUCAUUGCGGCUAUGACUGUGGGCAAGGAUGUCAGCUCCCUCUUCCCAGAUGUGGUGAACUGCAUGCAGACUGACAACCUGGAGCUGAAAAAGCUGGUCUACCUGUACCUGAUGAACUACGCCAAGAGCCAGCCCGACAUGGCCAUCAUGGCUGUCAACAGCUUUGUCAAGGACUGUGAGGACCCUAACCCCCUGAUCCGUGCCCUGGCUGUGCGCACCAUGGGCUGCAUCCGCGUGGACAAGAUUACAGAGUACCUGUGUGAGCCGCUGAGAAAGUGUCUGAAGGACGAGGACCCAUACGUGAGAAAGACAGCAGCAGUGUGCGUGGCAAAGCUCCACGACAUCAACGCCCAGAUGGUGGAGGACCAGGGUUUCCUGGACUCCCUCAGGGAUCUCAUUGCCGACUCCAACCCCAUGGUGGUGGCCAACGCGGUGGCAGCUCUGUCUGAGAUUAGUGAGUCCCACCCCAACAGCAACCUGCUGGACCUCAACCCACAGAACAUCAACAAGCUGCUGACAGCCCUCAACGAGUGCACAGAGUGGGGCCAGAUCUUCAUCCUGGACUGCCUGUCCAACUACAACCCCAAAGACGAGCGAGAGGCCCAGAGCAUCUGCGAGCGGGUCACGCCCCGUCUCUCCCACGCCAACUCGGCGGUGGUGUUGUCGGCUGUCAAGGUGCUGAUGAAGUUCUUGGAACUGCUACCCAAGGAGUUGGACUACUACAACACCCUGCUGAAGAAGCUGUCCCCACCGCUGGUCACCCUUCUCUCUGGGGAGCCAGAGGUCCAGUAUGUGGCCCUCAGGAAUAUCAACCUCAUCGUCCAGAAAAGGCCUGAGAUCCUUAAGCAGGAGAUCAAGGUGUUCUUUGUCAAGUACAACGACCCCAUCUACGUCAAACUGGAGAAACUGGACAUCAUGAUUCGCCUGGCCUCCCAGGCCAACAUAGCUCAGGUGUUGGCUGAGCUGAAGGAGUAUGCCACUGAGGUAGACGUUGACUUUGUGCGUAAGGCAGUGAGGGCCAUCGGGCGCUGUGCCAUCAAAGUGGAGCAAUCUGCUGAGCGCUGUGUUAGCACCCUGCUAGACCUCAUCCAGACCAAGGUCAACUAUGUAGUGCAGGAGGCCAUCGUGGUCAUCAGGGACAUCUUCCGCAAAUACCCCAACAAGUAUGAAAGCAUCAUCGCCACGCUGUGUGAGAACCUGGAUUCUCUGGACGAGCCGGAUGCGCGUGCCGCCAUGAUCUGGAUCGGUCAGGUCCCGCGGAGCGCUCAGGUCGCUGAGAGGAGCGCUCGGUCACCCGGAGCGGAGCGCUCAGGUCGCCCGAGCGAGCUGCUGGAGAGCACCAUUCACAGCCUUGGGGGUGUGUUGUUUCAGGUCCAGCUCACUCUUCUCACAGCCAUCGUCAAGCUUUUCCUCAAGAAGCCCUCUGAGACUCAGGAGCUGGUGCAGCAGGUCCUCAGUCUGGCCACACAGGACUCCGACAACCCUGAUCUGCGUGACAGGGGUUACAUCUACUGGCGCCUGCUGUCCACCGAUCCGGUAACGGCCAAGGAGGUGGUCUUGUCCGAAAAGCCCCUGAUCUCGGAGGAGACAGACCUGAUUGAGCCCACCCUGCUGGACGAGCUCAUUUGCCACAUUGGCUCCCUAGCCUCCGUCUACCACAAGCCCCCCAAUGCCUUCGUGGAGGGCAGCCAUGGCAUCCAUCGCAAGCACCUGCCCAUCCAGCACGGCAGCAUUGACACAGGCGAGAGCCCUGUGAGCGCAGGGCCAGUGGUCCCUAUUGAACAGGCCCAGUCAGUCAUCCCUUCCCAGGGAGACCUGCUGGGAGACCUGCUCAACCUGGACCUGGGUCCCCCCGUCAAUGUGCCCCAGGUCUCCUCCAUGCAGAUGGGCGCUGUCGACUUGCUGGGCGGAGGCCUCGACAGCCUGCUCGGUGGAGACCUGGGAGGAGGUGUUGGGGGAAGUCCAGCAGUGGGGCAGAACUUUAUUCCCUCAUCAGUUCCCAACACGUUCGCCCCAUCGCCGACUCCUGCAGCGCUCAGCAGCGGCCUCAACGACCUGUUUGAGCUCUCCACAGGCAUGGCCAUCUCCACAGGAGGCUAUGUUACCCCCAAAUCUGUAUGGCUGCCUGCAGUGAAAGCUAAAGGACUGGAAAUCUCAGGCACAUUCUCCCGCCGACAGGGCCAAAUGUACAUGGACAUGACCUUUACCAACAAGGCCUUGCAGCACAUGACCGACUUCGCUAUCCAGUUCAACAAGAACAGUUUCGGAGUGAUCCCCACCACCCCUCUGCCCAUCCACACUCCACUGAUGCCCAGCCAGAGUAUUGAAGUUUCCCUGCCUCUCAACACCAUUGGGCCAGUCAUGAAGAUGGACCCCCUAAACAACCUACAGGUGGCUGUGAAGAACAACAUUGACGUUUUCUACUUCAGCGGGCUUAUCCCACUCAACAUCUUCUUCGUGGAGGAUGGCAAAAUGGAGCGACAGGUGUUUUUGGCCACCUGGAAAGACAUCCCCAAUGAGAAUGAGCUGCAGUACCAGAUUAAGGAGUGCCACUUAAAUGCAGACACGGUGUCGGGGAAGCUGCAGAACGACAACAUCUACACCAUCGCCAAGAGGAACGUGGAGGGCCAGGAUAUGCUCUACCAGUCCCUCAAGCUCACCAACGGCAUCUGGAUCCUGGCUGAGCUCCGCAUCCAACCCGGCAACCCCAACUACACACUGUCCUUGAAGUGCCGGGCUCCUGAGGUUACCCAGUAUGUCUACCAGGUGUACUACUCAGUCCUGAAGAACUGAACUCUCUCUCCAUCCACUCACUCACCACCCUCCACUCCACACCUCUCUCCAAGAACAAACAGCAGCUGUUAGCGUUCUAGUCAUGCAUUAUUCCUCUCCACCAUCCUUACCGCCAUGGGAGAAUGUGACAUCCCCAGUCCAUCCUUAACUAAAUGUCUUAAUGUCGUAAAAUGUGGUUGAUGGUGAAGCUCUCCAAAAAAUAAACCUUUCAUAUUCACUAAGCCAUCGCCCCACCUCUUUGUACUGUAUUUCCAAUAUUGAAAAGUGUAAUAUCAUAUAUGUUUUUGUGUCUAUUCUUUUUAAUGCUUUAUAUUCUUCCGUGGUACUUUUCCUACUUGCCCAACCAUAGUCGAUUGAGUGCCAUCUACCAGGCCUUGCUGGAGCCGAAAAUGCCAGUUGAACCAAUUGCUUAGUCUCCAUGAUGCAUCAAGUACCAUUUUGAGCCAAUAUGGCAGUGGUGAGAGCAGAGCCAGGGAACAUGAAAUAGAUUUUAAUGCAUUAGUGGAUUUCAUUCUGUUCUCGUUUUAGUAACCACUAUGAUAAACCACUAUUUAUGGUAGCUAUUAUUAUGUUUGCUCCCGUCUGCCAUUCCUUUUUUACUGGUGCUUGCAGGCAGCUGAUCAGUUCAUGCUUCUCAUCCCUUUUCUGAUUGCUCGACCUGCCACAACAAUCAAACACCGCUAUAGCCAUUCCUAGAUUGUCAUUCCUAGAUUUCCAAUAAUCCAUGUCCUUUUGCUGGUUUUGUGCUGCAGUAUUAAUGAAUAUGCCAAUAGUGAGUGUGGAAUGAGUUGUCCAUUCUGUAUUGCUGUUCUCAUGUUACAUUGAUUGCAAUGAGAUAGUAUGUAUUAUUCUUUAAUUUUAUGAUUGUUAUUGAUAUUCCAUUUGCAGCUGUUCAUCUAAACAGAACUCAAACCCUGGGUCAAACCCAAAGCCAGGGUCAAUAUCAUUUGAUAUUUUGCUUAGUAGGGAACAACCCCAUACUGUCAUCAAUGACAUGCCUAGUGUAUGUGUUUGUAUUAUUGUGCUGUUAAAACCACCUCCCUGGCAUUACUUUAUCCUGAACAUGGAGGAUAUGUAGUGCUUGCAGCCCACCUAAAAGACCAGGGUCACCCCUCUAUGAUUAUACUGUGCAGUGACCUGGUAUAGUUUGUAUACAUGAAGUUCUGUACAACUAAUGAAAGAGUAUUAUAUUACUACCAGAAUAAGUGUGCUUGAAAUCCAUAACAGAAAAACAGUGGCACUAUAUUCCAGUUAUGUACCAAGUCCUCAUAUGUGGAAGUUUAAUUUAAAUUUUACCUGUAUUUAACUAGGCAAGUCAAUUAAGAACAAAUUCUUGUUUUCAAUGACGGCCUAGGAACAGUGGGUUAACUGCCUGUUCAGGGGCAGAACGACAGAUUUGUACCUUGUCAGCUAGGGGACAUGAACGAACUUGCAACCUUUCGGUUACUAGCCCAACGCUCUAACCACUAGGCUACCCUGCCGCCCCAGUGAUCUAAAUAAGUUUUAUUUAUAAAUGUAUACAAAGCUGAUGUGAUUUUAAUAUGCCAUAUCUCUAUGAACAUUGUUGUUAUACCUCUGCUAGUUGAGCUCAAACAUUUUAAUAAUUUUAUUUAAGCCAAUGUAAAAAGCAGUCUCAAGGGUACCAAUUGUGUUUGUGACUUUAGCUUCUUAAUUGUAUUGUUACCAUACAUGCUGAUGUGCCUGUGAACCUGCAAUAGAAGCAGUGUCCAAUGCUCCCAAGAAAUCUUAGCGGUCGGUUUCCCUCACUCUCAAAACGACACUUAGUUACAUGGGAAGGUCUGAUCUUUGGCCACAGUUUGAUUGUAUGUGUCCCCAGCAAGAUGUUGGGUAACACUUUUUUUUGGAUAGUCUGUAGAGCAUCUAGAUGGACUAUCUACUAACCCUAGCUAUGACCCUAAACUUAACCCUUACCCUAACACUUAUUCUAAACCAAACCGUAACCUGGUAGUAUGACCAGAUGUUAUUAUAAAGGCGUAUUUGGUUCUGGCUUUCCCACCCAGAACUAUGUUUGAGAAAAAUAUUUAAUGUACUUACUCAUAAGCACAGCAACCAGGAAUAGGCCAACAGAACAGCUGUAGUAAGAAAUAAUGUGACAACUGAAAUGACCAUAUGUUUUAGCCUUCUCAAGCUAGCCUGUUGAUCCUGCAUCUGUCCUCAUCCCCAAUUUGUCACUGUAUCCGCUCUUAUUUCAAUAAAAUGUCUGUUAUAAAACUUA